AUGGCAAAGGGUCGCACCAACAAUAAAUACGAAGAGGCUCGAAAACAAAGACUUGAAGAAAACAAGAGGAGGUUUGAGCAUCAUCUUCGUAAAUUGAAAUCCAAGAUUAAUGGUGUAGUGGAACCUAGGCGUUCGUCUCGCGUACGAAACCCAAUUUGUUCAUACCAUGAAGAUGGGAGCAUAAACCUUCCACCAUUACGAAAGAGGUCAAGGUCAAAUUCUUCAUCUUGGGGAAGUUAUGCUGCAAGGCCACUAGAUGAAAUCAAAGAAGCAACAAAAGAGGAAAGAGUUUGUGCUUUGGAGGCUGCAGAGGCACUCCAAAACAAUUUGAAGUCUUCAAAUCCAUCAUUUGUCAAGUCAAUGGUUCGGUCUCAUGUUUAUAGCUGCUUUUGGUUGGGUCUUCCUUCUAAAUUUUGUGAGGAACACCUCCCAAAAACUGUGUAUGACAUGAUUUUAGAAGAUGAAAAUGGCUCUGAAUAUGAGGCUAUUUACAUUGGCAAAAGAUGUGGGCUUAGUGGUGGCUGGAGAGCAUUUGCACUGGAUCAUAAAUUGGAUGAUGGUGAUGCACUUGUUUUUGAAUUGAUUGAAGCUGCAAGAUUUAAGUUGACCUUUGAUGACCUCAACCAGUUCAACGGCCCACCUAGUCUGCAGCCAAGUCAGCAGGGUGCAACUGCGUCUUGUCCGACUAUUUAUAUUGUUAGAGCAUUUUCAGAUUCAGUUGAAGAAGAGGAGGGAAAGGAUAUUUUAGAGGAAGAAGGAAAUAUGCAUGCAACCAAAACACCAAAAACUGCCAGUAAUCGUGAAUCAAGAUCCAACAAGACAAAAAAGAGAAAGCAGGCCAUUGUAUAUGAAACUAAGGAAUCAGAGAGUGCUCAGGAACGUCUACCAGAGAGUAGGACAGACAAAGAAGUCAAACCACGAGGGGUAAAUCCAACUAAGAAAACUAAAUCUAAACUUUCUGCUACUGCUGAGUCAAAAGGGGAAGCACAAAAUAAAGCUGAGAAACCAAAGGCAUCUGUAAAACUGUCAAACAAGACAAGGAAGUCAAAAGAAGGCAAGAAGAAUGGAUUUAUUCAGGAAGCUGAUAGCAAGUUAGAGAAAGUUGAACCGAUUGAGAAAGGAAGCAAAAGUGUGUCACAAAAACCUAUAAAAAAGCCAGCUCCGAAAUGUAAUAUAGAGAAAUUUGAUGGAAUGAUCAAUUUUGGCUUGUGGCAAAAACAAGUCAAGGAUGUGCUGAUACAAUCUGGAUUACACAAGGCGUGGAAAGGAAAGACUUCCAACACGAAGGAAGAGAAGUGGGAGGAACUAGAUUUGAGAGUUGCAAGUGCAAUUCGCUUGUGUCUAGCUAAGAAUGUUCUUACAAACGUGCAGAAGAUGUCGACAGCUAAGGAACUUUGGGAGAAACUCGAAGGCUUAUAUCAAGCAAAAUCCAUCUCAAAUUGA